GUCACAUGUCCCGGCGGCAGUUUGACACUUCUCCCCCCUGUCACUAUCCUUGCCAUUUCUCCUGUCACUGCCGCAUCUCCCUCUGCGCCACUCGGGUCAAGACGCACGUUUGGGUCGAGUCUUUGGCGAUGGCGAGCGCGCACAGUCCUGCUUCUCUGGAAACCCUGCUCAACCAGGCCACAGAUCCACAGUACCCUGAGGACAGCUGGGAGACCGUCCAGGCCUUCUACCAGACGGUCAAGCAGCAGCCAGAUGGUCCACAGGUGGCGCUGCGGCUCCUGGCUCAUAAGAUCCAGUCCCCUCAGGAGCGAGAGGCCCUCAAGGCGCUCACGGUCCUGGAGGCGUGCAUGAACGAAUGUGGCCAGAAGUUCCACAAUGAGGUGGCCAAGUUCAGGUUCCUCAACGAGCUCAUCAAAGUGCUCUCUCCAAAGUACUUCGGCGCGUGGAGCCCGGAGAGGGUGAAGGAACGCCUGGUGGAGGUGCUGUACGGAUGGACCCUGUGGCUCCGAGACCAGCCCAAGAUCCAAGAAGCCUACAACAUGCUCAAGAAACAGGAUAUAGUGAAGAAAGACCCCAAGCUGUCCAGCACCCUGAUCAUGCCCCCCGCCCCCAACAGAAGCUCCACCUCCAUAUUCGAGCAGGACGACACCACCAAGCUGCUGGACAGAUUGUUGAAGAGUGGCCGACCUGAGGAUCUGGAAACUGCAAACCGACUCAUCAAGAGCGCCAUGCAAGCUGAGCAGGAGCGAGCAGCCAGGGUGCAGAGAAGGGAGGACCUUCUGAAGGAGGCCCAUGACAGUAGCAGACAACUCCAGGAGAUGUUAGAGACCCAGAAGACACCCACCCAGAAGUCGAGUGAGAACAUCCAGGGCCUGUUUGAGCGCUGUGAUAGGCUCCGCCCCACUCUGUUCCGAUUAGCAAGUGAGACGACGGAGGACGACAUGGCUCUGUCUCAGGUCCUAGAGGCUAACGACGAGCUAACACUAGCCCUAAAGGCUUACAGAGCCCACAUGAGCACACAGAGUGAAGCAGCAGAGAGGAAGGCUGUGGAACGGAGCCCAGUGUCCAGCCCCAGAGAAGUGAAGUCGUACCACCUGAUAGACUUUUCCUCUCUGGACCCUGAGCUCAGGACCCACUCACCUGUGCAGGGGGAGGAGCCACACUGCUCCCCUGUGCAGGGGGAGGGGCCACACCGCUCACCUGUGCAAGGAGAAGGGCCACACUGCUCACCUGUGCAGGAUGAGGGGCCUCAUCACUCACCUGUGCAGGGGGAGGGGCCAGGGCAGGUCAGAGGUCGCACAGAGGUCACAACAGAUUGUCCCUCACAGAAAAAAUCUUACCUGGAGGAGCUGAUCCAGCUGGAUGAAGAAGUCUUUGGUCCUGACGAGGGGAGGUGCCAGAGUGAGCCUAUCACCAACGGGACUCACCACUGGUCACAGUCCCACGGUCGGCCCUAUCUGGAUUCCUCCAUGUCCCUCAAGAAGAGCUCAUCUCCAGUGAGGACAGAGGAACCUUCACUUCAGAACGUCUUUGUGCCCGUCCACUCCAUCCGAGCCAGUCAUGUGGAGCCUAUCACUGUGCUGGAUCAGGCCGGGGUACACGUGUCCCUCCACUUCUCCAGAGAACCCCCAGUGGGACGCCCCACUGUAGCUGUGCUGGUUCUGUCUACUGUCAACACCUCUGCUCUCAGGGUCACGGGCUUCUCCUUCCAGGCUGCUGUCCCAAAGAGCAUGUGUGUAAAGCUGCAGUCUGCUUCUGGCUCGGAGCUGCCCCCCUACAGCCCUCUGCUGCCCCCUGCUGCUCUCUCCCAGGUCCUGCUGCUGGACAACCCACAACAGAAAGCGGUGCGUCUACGGUACAAGUUGACUCUGACUCAUGGAGAGCAGCAGGUGAACGAGAGCGGGGAGAUCAGCGCCUUUCCCGAGUGGAGCCGUAUGAUUGGUCAAUGAGCCUGUCAAUCAAACAGUCACACAUUUUACAUGUUUUACAUCCAUACAGGGCCCUCCGCUCAUACUGGGACUUCUGACCAGCACUGAAGCACAAAAUGUGGGGCCCUGGGGACAAAUGUUGUUGGGGACAGAACUUAUAGAUCCUCUUCUCCCCGAGUCUAAACACACCUGCUCUGGACCAAAGGAAGCAGAUCAACAUGGGUACAUUUACAUUCCGGUAAAUAUCAGAUAGAUGAACUAGAAUAAUCAGAUUACCAAUGAUUAGAUCAGAUUUUUAGUGUGCGUUCACAGCACAAGAGAAAUGUGAUCUUCAAAAACACUUGGUGACAUGAGCAGAGGUGGUAGAGUAGCCAAAGACUGUUCUCAAGUAAGAGUGAAAAGUAUUUGGGAAAACUACUACUCAAGUAAGAGUAACUGUCAGCAUGUAACAUUUGAUUUAUAAUGUAAAGUGAAUGUAAUUGGAUGGACAAAACAGGAAAUAAUACAAACUAAAUCAUAUCUGAAGGAGCGCUGCAAGAAAGAAUGUUCAAAUGAUUUCAUAUUGUCAAGAUAAAGGUUUUGUCACUCAUGGAAUUACUCGCAGUGGGAAGAGGAACCAAAACUUUGACUCAAGUAAGAGUACUAUUAAAGUUACUCAAGUAAAUGUAACUGAGUACUACACACAUCUGGACAUGUGUCAGUUAAUCAGUGGAUUUGUAGAGUAAACAUUCUCUCUUCUGUCAUUUUGUAUCUCAUCAUUGUCCUUUAGUUUGCAUACUUUUCUUUGAACAAGUGUGAACAAUUUAAAGAAAUGAGAUUACUCACAUCAGACGGAGCCGUUUACAUGAUAUAAGAAUAAUGUGAUAUCUCCAGAAAUCAGAUCAUGACCAGAUUUGGAUGUGCAUGUAAACAUAGGCAGUAUUAGUCAAAGGCUCUAUAUGCUCUUGAAAUGGUUGUGCCUUCCCAAACCCAAAGUGCCUUGUUGUGACAUAAUACUCAUGUUUUUAUGAUAUUUAUUUUUAAGUUAAUGUUCCUUUGUCUUUUCUACACCUUUUUACAUUUACUUUUAUGAGCUGUCAUCUGAGCCACUGAGCAAAGAAGAAAUAAACUUGCUAAAAAUGAA